CAUCAAAUAAAACUAUUAGUAAACUUUAAAAAUGGUGCCCUAAUUCAUUGUGCCGUUUUUCCCCCUCCGUCCUCAAAAAGAACAAGAAGCAGCCCUCUCUCUCUCUCGCUCUCCUCCUCCACGCAGCUAACAGAUAUUGAAUCAAAGUAUAAAAAUGGGGAAGAAAAGAAAGCAUAGUGAAACAGAGGUAGCAGCACCAGAAAAGAAAGAUGAAAGUGCUGCAGAAAGACCUAAGCGAACGCUCCUUGGUUGGAAAGACAAGUCUGAAGUCAAGCCAACUGAAACUCAAGGCUUUAGGAACAAAGAAAAGGUUCUAGUCACUUGUUCUCGCCGUAUCAAUUACAGGUAUCGGCACUUGAUGUUAAAUAUAGUAUCCCUUUUGCCUCAUUGUAAGAAGGAUAAUAAGGUCGAGUCUAAAAGUAGUAAAGGCAUGGCCCUUAAUGAGUUGGUCGAGCUCAAGGGCUCUUCUUCUUGUUUAUUCUUCGAGUGCAGGAAACAUAAAGAUCUAUAUUUAUGGAUGGCCAAGUGCCCUGGUGGUCCAUCUGUCAAAUUUUUGGUUAAUGCUGUGCACACAAUGGAAGAACUAAAGCUUACAGGAAAUCAUUUAAAAGGGUCACGGGCUAUCUUAACUUUCUCAGCUAAUUUUGAUAAAGAUGCCCAUUGGAAACUCUUGAAGGAGAUGCUAAUGCAGAUAUUUGGAACGCCUAAGGAGCACCGAAAAUCUAAGCCUUAUCAUGAUCAUGUCUUUGUUUUCUCCAUUGUCGAUGAUCAUAUUUGGUUCCGCAAUUACCAGAUAUCUGUUCCUCAUAAUGAAUCAGAUAAAGUGGUCCGAGGAGGCUUGGACAAAAUGACCCUUGUUGAGGUUGGUCCAAGAUUUUGUUUGAAUCCUAUCAAGAUAUUUGGUGGAAGCUUUGGUGGCCCAACACUAUAUGAAAACCCAUUCUACAUAUCUCCUAACCAGAUUCGAGCAUUGGAGAAAAGAAAGAAGGCUGGGAAGUUUGAGAAGAAAGUCAAAGCCAAGACAAGAAGGAAAAUGCAUGAGAUGUCAAAUCCUCUGGUGCCUGAUGAGUUUGCAGACAUGUGGAGGGAAUGAUUUCUCUUGUUUCUUUUUUUUUUUUUUUUCCUUUUACCCCUUCUCAAUUUUGUUAAGUUGCAUUAUCACCUUGUAUGACUCAUCGGGGGUGUUCUUGGCGUCUCCGUAAUUUUUCCCCAUUUUAUGGCAAUUGAAUUGGAAAACUUACAGCAAAGUCACCGCUCUAACUGUUGUAAUACUUGAGUCUGCAUUAUAAUGUUAUGAAGUUGAAGAUUGAAUCUAAAAUUAGUUCCAAGAA